AUGAAUAAAAAUUCAACAAUAGCAAAUAAUAUCAUGCAAAUGCAAUCAGAAGCAUUUAAAAAUAUUUAUCAGGAAAUAAAAACUGAUUGGGUAUUACAACGAAUUGAUAAUUUUAAUCCGGAUGAUAAGCGAGAAUUCAAACAACGUUAUAUGUCUAAUUUGGAAUUUUACAAUAAUUCUGGUUUGGCAUUUUUAAAUCUUGGUGGUGAGGAUAGAAUUACUGGAUCAAAGAUUGGUUAUGCAAUGAAUCCAUUGCUGAUAUUGGCUAAGAAAUAUGGCGCUGCAUGUUUUUGUUUAGAACAUCGUUUUUUUGGAGCAAGUCAACCAUUUGAGUAA